UUUCAGAUAAUGGUACCGUUGAAGUUUCGUACCAUUUGUUCGAGAGCUCUGCGGGAAAUAUCUCGUUCACACCCAAGAAACUUCUCUUCGAAGGGGAAGAAAGGAUCAACAACUUCGCAUUAUGCUACUGCUUCUCCACUUGUAGAAAAACUCAGUAAUUCUAUUGAUAUCAAUAAUGUAUCACUACGGGAGCCAGUACCUGGACUUUCAGAAGCAAGAUAUCUGAAACAAACUGAUGUCAAACCGUUCGAUACAAAAUUAACAGUAUUAGAAAAUGGGCUUAAAGUAGCCACGGAACCUCAUUAUGGAAUGUACUGCACUGUUGGAGUUGCUAUAGAUGCUGGUUCACGUUAUGAAGUUGGCUAUCCAUUCGGCACCACUCAUUUCAUCGAAAAAAUAGCUUUUACAGGUACGCCAUCUUUUCCAAGUAGGGAAGAUUUGUUCCGUUUAUUGGAACAACGUGGUGCUUUAAUUGAUUGUCAGUCGACUAAAGAUACAUUUAUCUAUGCAUCUUCGUGUCAAGUCGAUGGUUUCCCUGAUAUAAUAAGGUUGAUUGCUGAUUCGGUGCAAAGGCCGAUUAUUAAUUCAAAUGAUAUAGAAGAUGCUCGAUUAAUUAUUGAUUUCGAAAAUAAAGAUAUGAAUUCGAAACCAGAAUGCGAACCCUUACUUACCGACUGGAUACAUGCUGCAGCUUAUAACAGUAAUACUUUGGGUUUCUCCAAAUAUUGCCCCGAAGAAAGCAUAAUGGCCAUAAAUCAAGAGCAUAUUUAUACAUUCAUGAAGCAGUAUUACAAGCCAAACCGCAUAGUAGUUGCCGGUAUUGGUGUUGAUCAUGAUGCUUUAGUUUCUUUAUCUAGAGAACUUUUCGAUGGCUCGAAAACUGCUUGGGCGAAAGAUCCGUCAAUACUUCUUGAAAAAAAUCCUCCAAUAGAUGAUUCAAUAGCGCAAUAUACUGGUGGAGAAAAACUUAUUACAAAGGAUCUCAGCUGCAUGGCUCUUGGUCCAACACCGUAUCCUAAUCUUGCUCAUUUUGUUCUCGGUUUCGAAAGUUGUGGAUAUCUUGAUGACGAUUUUGUAGCUUUCUGCGUAUUGCAAUCGUUAAUGGGAGGAGGAGGUAGUUUUAGUGCUGGUGGACCAGGUAAAGGAAUGUAUACGAGGUUAUACGUUGACGUCUUAAACAAGUAGGAGUUUAUUUUAGUUUAUUUAGGAGUUCAUUUUAUUUUGUGUGUUCCCAUCUUUUUGUGUUCUCUGCUAAAAACUAUUGUGCAUUUUCUUUAAAAAUAUUGUUGAACAUAAUUGCCAAUUUGCUGAAUUUCAGGCAUCAUUGGAUGUAUAAUGCAACAGCUUAUAACCACGCUUACAGGGAAUCUGGAAUUUUCCACAUCCAAGCAUCUAGCGACCCAUCACGGAUUGAUGAAACAGCCCGAGUGAUAUUGGAACAGUUUUUACGGUUACCUGAAGGAGUGGAAAACGAAGAAUUGUCUCGGUCUAAGACCCAGUUGAAAAGUCAGCUGAUGAUGAAUUUAGAAGUACGACCUGUUAUGUUUGAAGAUUUGGCUCGGCAAGUUUUGGGACAUGGUUACCGGCGGAAACCGAAUGAAUAUAUUGAAAAAAUUGAUCGAAUAACAAAUAGCGAUAUCAAGAAGAUAGCAGAACGUAUGCUGUCGAAACGUCCUUCCAUUGUUGGUUAUGGUGAUAUUAAGCGUAUUCCACGUUAUGAAUUAGUCGACAAGUGUGUAGCAAAAAGAGAGCUUGGAGAACUCAAGUCGAAAGGAUUUUUUCGCUUUUAAAAUGACAGGUUAUUAUUUAGGUAUAUUUCGGAUCGUAUUAGUGUUGAUUAUGGAUGUCGUGAAAUUUUGAUUUGUUCUGUUUUAAAUUUCGUUUUUUUCAAGUAAUUACAUCCUUUUCCGAAAGGUCCACAUUCACUUUUAUGCGCAAAUUUUUUCUAUGGAUCUGAACGUAUAAAUAUUAGUGCCAACAUUUUCACUUAAUUUUAUAUUAUUUACCUACAUCAGUAUUGCUUCUUGUUACUUCCCGAUGUGUAAUCUACAAUUUCCAGCGCAGAUUGUUGGGAUUUGUAGAACUUCAUAUAAUUAUCUUACAUUUUCUUAGGUAAUUUGUUAAUUCUCCAAGAAAUAUUUCUGUGUAAAAUCCUGCGUUUAAUAAAAAUGUAGUUCGAUAUAAAAAUGUGAGGAUAAUAAUACUUCAUCCCAUCGAUAUUGUAAAAAUAACUUAGGUUUUUGCUUCCACUAGCCUCC